GAGGAGGGAGGGAGGGAGGAGGAAGGAGGACUGACAUGUGGGCCCCACAUGUCAGUGGGCCCACAUUUCUUUUUUUGAAUGACUAAUGGGUCCCACGCAUAUUUUUUAAUUCUACUGCCACAUAGGUGCCACGUCAUCGCCACAUGGAACGAAGACUCGGUCAAUAUUGCCACGUAGGCGCCACGUCAGUAAAACCGUCUCCCAAAACCGCCCAGUGAGUCAAAUUACACCGGUUUUGUAAGUUUGGGGAGUGAUUUCUGGUAUUGCGGUUGAGGGAUACGAUUUAGAUUCGGUGGUAAGUUGAGGGAGUCAAGGUGAUCUUAUUCCUUUGAGAAAAGGAAGAGAGCCGGAUGGGGAGGCCUCGUGGACGGGCUGUAACUCGUGCCGGGCCGUAAGGAGGGUAUAUGCCAGCCUAGCCUAGCCCAUGUAAGCGCACGUGUUCAGGCAGCCCAUGAUGAGGUGAACCUGAGCCGGCCCAGCCACCAGAUGGUCUUCUUCUUCCUUCCACAAAAGCAAGAGGUUCCCCGGAGAGCGCGCCGCCGGCGACAAGGACGACGAGCCGCCUCCCCGCAUCGCGACCCCGCCCUAUCCUCCUCCUCCUCCUCUGUGCGGCCUGCCCCCCUCGCGCGCACGGCCGGGCCGGCGAGGGGUUGACGUGACGCGGCCGGUCGACCUCCUCCUCCGUCUGCAAGGUUUUGAUGUCGGACAACAGUUUACGAUAUUCCAAUAAUAUCUUAGCUGCAGUAUAACACCACUGCCCCCAUUCUGUUGCCCUCAAAUCAGCUCCAUUUAGAGUGUUUAAAUGUGCUUAUCUUCUCGGAUUCUCAAUGGGAAGACACGAUAUUUCUCCACUCUCAGAAGCUCGCACACUGAAAACAAAUGUAUCCUCUCUGUCCCGGUCUCAUCUCUCUCACACCAUCAUCUCCCCAUUCUCCUCUCCCGAGCAACCGUCUCGGGUCUUCUCCUUAAGCUACCGCUGGUCCACUCUGUCCUCCGUUCCCUCUAUUUGGGGCCUAUCCCAUCACUCUCUUUCUCCUUCCUCUCCCUACUUCGCCGUUUUGCCAACAUGACACUUGAUAACUACUCCCUCAACAUUGCCAUCUCUGCUGCCGCUCGCGUCCCAUCACUUGAUGUUGGCUCCCAGUUUCAUGCCCUUUCUUUGAAACUCAGCCUAGCUUCAGAUUCAUUUGUCCUUAAUGCCCUUAUCAACAUGUACUCAUCUUGUAAUUAUCCAGCUUCUGCAAGGUUAGUUCUUGAUUCUGCUCCACGAUGGGCCUCUGACGUAGUUUCUUGGAACACAAUCAUUGCUGGAUACAUACGAGGUGGUAUGCCUAAUAAGGCGUUGCAAUCUUUUCACCAAAUGGCCAAAGAGCAAGUUAGGCUGGACGAGGUCACUCUGUUAAAUGUGCUGGUUGCUUGUGCAAGGACAGGCGCAAUGAAGGUUGGGAGCCUUUGUCAUGCUCUAGUUGUGCUGAAUGGGUUUGAGAUAAAUUGUUAUAUUGGAUCCUCUUUGGUUAGUAUGUAUGCAAAGUGUGGUAUGGUUGAGGAAGCUCGCAGGGUUUUUAAUAGAAUGCCUGAAAGGAAUGUAGUUUGCUGGACCUCAAUGAUUGCUGGAUGUACACAAUCUGGUAGGUUUAAAGAGGCUGUUGAUCUGUUUAGGGACAUGCAAAUUGCUGGUGUGAAGGCUGAUGACGCUACAAUUGCUACUGUUGUAUCAUCAUGUGGCCAGAUGGGAGCACUUGACUUGGGACGGUAUCUCCAUGCUUAUUGUGAUGGUCAUGGUUUAGGGAAAGAGCUUUCUGUGAAAAAUUCGUUGAUUGAUAUGUACUCGAAGUGCGGGGAUGUAAACAAGGCCUAUCAGAUAUUUCAUGGAUUGACAAAGCGGGAUGUGUUUACUUGGACAGUAAUGAUAAUGGGCUUUGCUAUGAAUGGUCUCUGCGUUGAGGCACUAGAUUUGUUUGCACAGAUGGAAGGAGAAGAUAAGGUUAUGCCGAAUGAGGUCAUUUUUUUGGGUGUGCUAACUGCUUGCAGCCAUGGAGGUUUAGUGGAACAGGGGUACCAUCACUUCCAUCGCAUGUCCAAGGUCUACAACCUUGUGCCAAGAAUCGAACACUAUGGAUGCAUGGUCGACCUUUUGGGACGUGCCAAGCUGUUGGCAGAGGCAGAGCAAUUCAUUAAAGAUAUGCCUGUCGCUCCUGAUGUGGUAGUAUGGCGGUCAUUGUUGUUUGCCUGUAGAGCUUCUGGACAAGUGGGGCUUGCAGAAUAUGCAGCAGAAAGAAUUGAACAGUUGGAACCAAAAAGGUGUGGAGGGCAUGUUUUACUCUCUAAUGUAUAUGCUACCACAUUAAGAUGGGUUGAUGUGAAUAAUGUGCGGACAGGGAUGGGCAAUAGUAGGACAAGUAAGAAGCCCGGUUGCUCUUUCAUUGAAGUCGAUGGCUGCAUACAUGAAUUCUUUGCGGGAGAUGAGUCUCAUUUUGAGACAGAAGCUAUAUGCAACACUCUUUUUGGGAUCAAUGAGCUACUAGUGGCGGAGUCCUUCCUAAUGUAAAAGCUUAGGAGUUCCAUAUCAACCAAAUAUAUCCAUUUCAAAUGUACAAUGCUGUGGUUUUUUUUAUCAGCUUAUGGAAUGAUGAAAUUGAAAAUUUGUCUUUACUUUUGCAUUUCCCUCCAAGUUGAGAAUUUUUCCUUUUCCAGGUUCUUUACAGUGUUGCAACUACCACUGAAGGGAAUAUACUUAAUGUGGUUCUGUUGGCCACAAUUUCUGAAAAUAUUUCCUUUUCAUAAUGUAGCCCCAGGAUAUUGCAUUUGCAUUUACUCCCUUUUUUGUGUAUAGUUUACUACCACCUACAAUUACUAAAGGUGUUUCAAUGAGAAGUGAAAACUAGUUAGCGGAACAGUUAUUUGUAGUAGGCAACUCUGUAGCUGUUCCUCAAUCAUGUAUUCUUACUAACCAUUAAACAGAGAGUUAGGGAUAUCUGUUUUUUA